AUGUUCGACAAAGAUAUUCACACAGAGCCCUGGUACCACGGACUACUUCCUCGAGAAGAUAUUAAAGCGAUGCUUCGUAAAACUGGAGAUUUUCUAAUCAGAAGUACCGAGCCCAAACAGGGAGAAGCACGUCAGUAUGUGUUGUCAGCAAUGCAGAACGAGGAGUUGGAGGAUGCAGGAGUGAAACACUAUGUGAUGCGUGUGAAUGCCAACAAUCAAAUAUUUCUGGAGACGAAAGGAUUCGAAACUAUCACUUCUCUUGUGAACUACUACAUGACUACCAAAGAUCCCAUUAAGAAAAUGACAGUGUUGAAAACGCCAAUUGUAAAACAGGACUGGGAAAUUGAGCAUUCUCAAGUGGAGCUCACCAAAAAAUUAGGAGAAGGAGCAUUCGGAGAAGUUUGGAAGGGAAAGAUCACAAUGAAGAAUGGUAAAGUGGAGGAUUGUGCAAUUAAAACUGCAAAGUUGGAAAGUCUGAACAAAGAGCAGAUUAAGGAAAUUAUGAGAGAAGCUCGUCUGAUGAGAAAUCUGGAUCAUCCCAACGUUGUGAAGUUCUUUGGAGUUGGUGCCGGACAAGAACCCCUCUACGUCAUUAUGGAAUUGGCUGAUUGUGGGGCCUUGGAUUCUUAUCUGCAGAAAAAUACAAAUCUUCCGCCUGCCAAGAAAAUGGAGAUGAUUUAUCAAGCUGCUUGUGGAAUCGGAUACAUGCAUGAGAGGAAACUUCUCCAUCGUGAUAUUGCUGCCAGAAAUUGUCUCUAUGGAGGUGGUCAAGUCAAAAUUGCGGAUUUUGGGUUAUCAAGAGAAGGGGUCAGUUAUCAGAUGGAGAUGACAAAGAAGGUUCCGAUUCGUUGGUUGGCACCGGAGACUUUGAAGACUGGGAUUUAUAGCCAGAAAACUGAUGUCUAUGCUUUUGGAAUCAUGUCCUGGGAGAUCGGUGAAAAUGGGAAAGAGCCGUAUCCGGAUAUGCGUGUGGCUGAAGUCGUCACUCAGGUCAAGAAUGGUUACCGUAUGCGAUUCGAUCCGAUUCUCAUUGAUUUUCGAUUUGGGGAGUAUGUUACGAAGCAUUGUUGGGCUGAGAAUCCAGAUGAGCGUGUUCCAAUGACCGACGUCAUUCGCUUCCUUCAGACGACGUUCGGAAUGAAGCCUGUUAUUCAGGCAUGUCCUUUUAAAGAGCAAGAGAUGAAAACGAUGAAGGCGAUUUCGACGAAACGAAAGGAGAAGAAGGAAAAGAAGAAGAAGGAUAAGAAUAACGCAACGAUGACGAAGACAGAGGGAGAUGAAAAGAUCAAAAGAAUGGACAAACCAAAAGCAUCGAAGAGAGCAACGCCAAGUUUGCGUACAAAGAAGAAGAGUACCGAUAGACAGAAAUCCACGUCGAGACCAAGUACUCAAGCAUCGAAGAACUCCGUGUCGAGCAACAAGCAGAAGAAGGAUCCGAGUCAACAUUCGAAAAAAGAGAAGCAUCCGGUGGCAAAUGGAAGAAGUGUGAUGGUGAUGGAUCGUGAGCCAGCGACUGAUAAUAAUGCGGAAAAGAACAAGAAGACGCCAGUGAAAGAAGUGAAGAAGAGGUCGGCUGAGGCGGAGAAGAAAUUGGAUCGGACUCAGGAGGAUGUUCCUAAAGAGGACACGAAAGUCGGCGCUGAAAACAUCAGCAACAUUGAGGUUCUUCCUGAUAAGAAUCCGGCCAAAAUGGAUGACGGAUACGAGGAUUUUGGUCCAGGAGCUGCUUCAUAG